CUAUUUUGCUCUCCGACGCGAGGUGAAGCAGCACGAGUGCUCGACGGAUUCCGCCGCAACUUGCCUAACAAGACUGCAUUUGCCGUGCUAACAAGCACCCGCAACAGCCCUGCAAGCCGAGCGCGUAGACACAACAACAAAGGCUGUGCAACCAAGCUGCUCAAAGCCAACCAUUGCAAAGCGAAGCGCUGAAGCAAAGAUGUCUCGCCUCGCCCUCGCCGCGAUCCUCUACACGACGAAAGCCCUCAGCCUCCCCACGAGAAGAUCCAUAAAGACGAAGCUCCGCGCGUCUGCAGGAGGCGCGACGACCGCAAAAGCCGAGGCGCCUUUGGCGGUCGCCGGCGCCUGCGUCGGCGUGUCGUUAUUUGGCUACCAUUUGGGGGUCGUCAACGCGCCGCUGCAGGCGAUGGCGGCGUCCAUGGGCUUCGGGGACGCGGGCAGCGGCGCCGUCGUUUCGUCCACUUUGGUGGGAGCGGCGGGCGGCGCCUUGCUGGCGGGACCCGCGGCGGACCGACUUGGUAGACGAGGCGCGUUGCGCUGGAACUGCCUUACACUACUAUUGGCGGCCGUGGGCUGCUCGACGGCAACUUCACUGGAGCAUUUGAUCUACGCGCGCACGCUGGCCGGCGUCGGCAUUGGUCUUGUAAGUGCCGUGGCGCCCUUGUACGUGUCCGAGGUGUCGCCCGCGGCGAAACGAGGGAGGAACGGCGCCCUGAACCAGGUGGCCAUAUGUCUGGGCAUCGUCGCAUCAAUAGUAGCUGGCUUGGGCGUCACGCCGACCUCCCCCGCAAAAAGAUGGCGGCCCAUGUUCGCCGGGGCUCUGGUACCUACGCUAUUGCACUUGAUGCUCACGUUCAAGAUCCCGGAGUCGCCGCGCUGGCCCUUGAGCCAAACGGCCCAGCGGGACGCGGAGCGACUCUGGGGCGCCGACGCUUCGACCGAGAUGGCCUCAUCCUCAUCUGAUGAAGUGAAGACGGCGGGGUGGUCCACGAUGGUCUCCAAAAAGUACCGGAGAGCUACUCUGACCGCAUUCUUACUUUUUGUGUGUCAACAAUUAUCAGGUAUCAAUGCUGUGGUGUACUUCAGCACGCAGAUCUUCCGGGACGCGGGCGUCACGUCCGCCGUCCUGUCUUCACUGCUAGUGAUGCUGGUGAACGUGGCCGGCACGGCCUUUGUUGCCGCACCAUUGAUAGACCGCUUCGGCCGCACGACGAUGCUCUCGGCGUCGUACGCGGGCAUGGCUUCCAGCAUGGCCGUCAUGGGGGGAUGCCUUGCAUCACCAGCCUUGGCGGGCACGCCCCUGCUGACGGCGAUCACGCUCCUAGGCACGGUCGCGUACGUCUUCGCCUUCUCCUGCGGCAGCGGCCCCGUGCCCUCGCUACUCGUCCCGGAGCUGUUCCCGGCGGAGCUGCGGGGCAAGGGCGGAAGUGUGGCGAUGCUGUCGCACUGGGGCUGGAACGCCGUCGUCGGGGCCGCGUUCCUGCCGCUCAUCAACAAGUACUCGAUCCCGACCGUUUAUCUGGGCUUUGCGUCGGUGGCGGCCCUCAGCGGCUUGUUUACGAAGUUCGGCAUCGAAGAGACCUCUAAGUAAGAAUAUUAGUCAAGGAGAGGCCUA